AUGUCCAAUUCGAAAGAAAUCGAUGAUGAACUUGAAGCUAAUGAUAAUGUAUUCUCUCGACCCAAUCGCUGUCUGAUGCCCGAAUUACCUCUUGCACAAGACGUUUCAGCGAUAGAAAUUCAACAAGCAAUGGAACAAUUUCCACGAAUUUUCACUGAAUUGUAUCCAUCAUCAGGACCGGCGCUUUACUUGGGUCCACUGAAUGAGGCCAUGGAUCAAUCAAUAUUCAAUUCGAAUGAGUCACGUCCAUUGUUGAUUUAUCUACAUCGAACUGAAACAGCAGCUAUACAUUGUUUCUGUAAAAACGUGCUCUGUAACGAAUUUAUCAUCAACUAUCUAGCAGAGAGCUAUAUUGUCUGGGCAUGGGAUUGCUCAAAAGAUGCCAACUAUCAACGGUUGCUAUGGAUGCUUCUUCGAUAUAUUGGUUCCAGUGCAGCCGCGAUGGUAGCUGCAAUACCUCUUGGUGAAUUCCCUGUGUUGAUUUGCCUUCUAUCUACACAACAACAUAUCAUUCUUGACAGCACCACAUCGCCAGAUGAAAUAUACACUCGUCUUAUUGAAAUUCGAGACGAUUUUCAUAGUCCAUCAGAGGAGAUGAUUCGCGAUGGAAGUCAACGCGUAUCUAUCUGUUCCAAUGAAAACUGGUAUCCAGGAUCAAGCCAAUUAGAACUUGUCGAACAACAGAGCGAUAAGUUUCGCAAUAUUGCUAAUUAUUUUAGUAAUAGUUCAUAUCAGAUCAUUCGUGUUGAACAGAUUAAUAAUAAAAAAUGGCUCACCAAAUAUGAAGAACAGAAGGAGGUUAUUUGUAACCGAAUCGGUCAUAAUAGAUCUGAACGGAUUCUUUUUCAUGGCUGCCUACGCGAAACAGCACAAGAUAUUCUUCGACAAGGAUUUCACCGUGAUCAAAUUAGCAUACAUGGAACCAAAUACGGUCACGGAUUUUACUUCUCGACAGAUCCAAAACGUAGUCACAUCUAUGCUUUACCUGAUUUACCAAGUGGUGGAGAACGAACAAUGCUUGUAUGUCAUGUUCUCAUCGGUGGAACACGCCGGAAUCAUUCAAUUAUGGAAACCUAUCCGUGGAUGUUCGAUUCAACUACCGCUGGAUCCGAGAUCUAUGUAGUUUUCUCAAAUCUACAAAUUUUACCAGAAUAUCUUGUCACAUACAAAUGA